CAUACUCGACCACAUUUAAACCCAGAGAUUCCCAUUAUUACUUGAACACACCAGAAGGAUACAUUAGGGGGAAUCACCCAAGCUGAACAAUGGCCACUCAGGAGCAAAUCCGCAAAACGAAACUCCUACUUCGUGGGCCAGGGCUUGUGUUGAGUAUGGUAUUUCUCGUUCUGAUCAGCUAUUGCUCUAUCCAUCGUGGCUGGUGGACGGACCUUACAACCCCUCUCACUAUAGGCGUUGUAACCUCUCUGGCAACACUCAUCGUGAUGUCAGCCAGCCUCUUCUACAUGCAUCGCUCUUUUGGCGACAUGAUAUCCGGAAACUCGGGUUACAUCUUCAAGAAGAUUCCAGCGUGCACGGUUCCGAUGCUCAUUGACUUGAUACUCUUGAACGCUUGGAUAUGGACAGUCUUCUUCUCUGUGCGGCACAACAAGGGAAGAGAUACAACCAAAGGGAUGAAUCAGCCGCCAACGGCGUUAUGGACUCUCGCCAUUAGCUGUGCGGUUGCGGAGUGUAUCAUUUGCACCCUAGCCCCUGUCCACUGUUUUAUGGAAUACCGUUCCCGGUCCGUGAGGGAGAAGAGUGCAACAUCUUGGUGACCGGCUUCAGCUAUAAAGAAGCAUAUCUUACACUUGAAUUAUAGGUCACAAAUUGGGUGUUAAUUACUUAGAUCAGGGAUUCCUGCAGACUCGGGGGUCUUUGCGUUCCUUUAGUUCUUGAG